AUGGAAGUUGUUUGGAGGACUGUAACAUGGAUAUUAUGCCUCAUGAUGGCUCCCUCAGCAUUACAGAGUCGCACAGUUCACACAAUGAAUUCACAAGAAGAGUUCCUGUCAACUCUCGAGCACUAUGAAAUAGCAAUUCCAGUCCGAGUAGACCACAAUGGAGACUUCUUAAGCUAUAAUGUAAAAAGUAGCCACGAACUGCGAUCAAAAAGAAGCUUACCUGCAUUUCAACAUGAGCCAGUUGAGCAGCAAGUUUUUUAUAAAGUAUCUUCACAUGGAUUGCACUUUCUUUUAAACUUGACUUUGCAUGCUAAUCUCGUAUCAGAUUAUUUUACUGUAGAAUAUUGGAAAAGAGAUGGCUUGGAAUGGAGACAUGAUUAUAUGGAUGAAUGUCAUUAUUUGGGACAUUUAAGUGAUCUCCAGGGAGCCACAAAAGUUGCCUUAAGUAACUGUAAUGGAUUGCAUGGUGUAAUAGUUGAGGAUGACGAAGAAUACUUCAUAGAGCCCCUCACCACUGUUAAAAUGGCUGAAUUCAAUUACAGUGAAGGAAGCCCCCAUGUAGUUUAUAAACGAUCUUCUCUUCGAAACCAAUAUCGACAUAUUGAUGCAACAUGCGGAGUUUCAGAUGAGAAGCCAGGGAAAGGAAGAUCUUCAUGGCUGAGGAAUUUACAGACUUCAGCGGUGACUCUUUCACCUAAUAAGACGCUGCGAAACCAGCUACAGUUGAAAAGAUCAGUCAGUCAAGAACAUUAUGUAGAGACACUAGUAGUAGCAGAUAAAAUGAUGGUUGGAUACCAUGGACGAAGAGACAUUGAGCAGUACAUUCUCUCCGUUAUGAAUAUUGUUGCCAGACUUUUGCAAGACUCGAGUAUAGGAAACAUUGUGAAUAUGGUAGUAACUCGACUCAUACUACUAACUGAUGAUCAGCCAAACUUGGAAAUAAAUCAUCAUGCUGGUAAAUCACUUGAUAGUUUUUGUAAAUGGCAGAAAUCUAUUCUUUCCCGCAAUGGUAAUGGAAAUGCCAUCCCUGACAAUGGAAUUGCUCACCAUGAUAAUGCUGUACUUCUCACCAGGUAUGAUAUUUGCAUCUAUAAGAACAAACCCUGUGGAACUCUAGGUCUGGCUCCUGUGGGCGGCAUGUGUGAACCAGAAAGGAGCUGUAGCAUCAAUGAGGAUAUAGGCCUGGCAACCGCAUUUACAAUUGCUCAUGAAAUUGGUCACAAUUUUGGCAUGAAUCACGAUGGAGUUGGAAAUUCAUGUGGUCCAAGAGGUCAGGAAGCAGCAAAGUUGAUGGCGGCUCAUAUCACCGUGAAAACUAAUCCUUUCAUUUGGUCAACAUGCAGCAGGGAUUACAUCACCAGUUUCUUGGAUUCAGGACAUGGUCGGUGUCUCAACAAUGCACCCCCAAAACAGGAGUUCUUCUACCCUACUUUGGCCCCAGGACAAGUGUAUGAUGCUGAUGAGCAGUGCCGUUUCCAAUAUGGAAUCAAAUCACGCCAGUGUAAAUAUGGGGAGGUAUGCAGUGAGUUGUGGUGUCUUAGUAAAAGCAAUCGUUGUAUUACAAACAGCAUUCCUGCUGCUGAGGGAACAGUAUGCCAAUCCAAUACAAUUGAAAAAGGGUGGUGCUAUAAGCGAGACUGUGUCCCAUUUGGAACUCGACCAGAGGGAGUGGAUGGAGCCUGGGGACCUUGGUCAGCGUGGGGAGAGUGCAGCAGGACCUGUGGAGGUGGAGUUUCAUAUUCUAGCAGGCAGUGUGACAGUCCAAGGCCAACUGUUGGUGGGCGAUACUGUCUUGGAGAGAGGAAGCGUUUUCGAUCGUGUAAUAUUGAUGACUGUCCACCAGGGUCUCAAGACUUCAGAGAAAAGCAAUGUGCAGAAUUUAAUAACAUUGCAUUUCGUGGGAAGUAUUAUGCCUGGAAACCAUAUGUUGGAGGUGGUGUGAAGGCGUGUGCUUUGAACUGCCUGGCUGUGGGCUUCAAUUUCUACACUGAACAUGCUGCAGCUGUGGUGGAUGGUACCUUGUGUCGUCCAAACUCUCUUGAUAUAUGUGUCAGUGGGGAAUGUAAGCAUGUGGGCUGUGAUCACACUCUGGGUUCAGAUGUAAGAGAGGAUCGCUGCAGAGUCUGUGGUGGUGAUGGGAGUACUUGUGAAACUAUAGAAGGAAUUUUCAAUGAAUCAAAUCCUCAUGGAGGUUAUGUCGAAGUUAUCCAUAUUCCUAAAGGAUCAGUCCACAUUGAGAUUAAAGAACUAAAUGUAUCUCAAAACUACCUUGCACUGAAAUCUGACAGUGAUGAAUACUUUGUUAAUGGUGGCUGGUCCAUUGAUACACCACAGGAGUUCAAUAUUGCUGGGACUGUCUUCCAUUAUAAGAGACCAGAUGAUGAGCCUGAGUCUCUAGAAGCAUUAGGACCUACUAAUGCAAGUCUUUUUCUUAUGGUGCUGGUACAAGAGGAAUAUCAGAGUAUUCAUUACAAAUUUAAUGCACCCAUCAUACUCACAGGUGCUGGUGACUCACUGACAAACUACGCAUGGCACUAUUUUCCGUGGUCCAAGUGUACUGCAAUCUGUGCAGGAGGCAUACAGGAACAACCUGUUGUGUGCAAGAAAUUGGAUGAUAAUUCUGUUGUUUCUACCCAUUACUGUAACAAUGAAAACAAGCUUCCAGAGAAACAACGUGCUUGCAAUACAGAGCCAUGUACAUCAAUCUGGAUUGUAGGUGACUGGUCUGAAUGCAGUAGGUCCUGCAAUGGUGGACUUCGUACUCGAGAUGUCAUGUGCGUCCAAAAAGUCAGUGCCUCUGAGGAAAAAGUACUGGAUGAUAGUUACUGUACAAAAGAACGCCCCACAAUAAAGGAAAGUUGCAAUAACCACACCUGUCCACCUGAAUGGGUUCCUCUCGAUUGGUCUGAGUGUACGCCAAGCUGUGGAAUAGGUUUCCGCCACCGCAUUGUACUUUGUAAAAGCAGUGAUUUCACUGUGACGUAUCCAGCUUCACGUUGCCCUGUGCACGCCAAACCUCCCAUCCGAAUGCGGUGUACUUUACAGCGCUGUCCACCACCUCGCUGGGUAGCAGGCGAAUGGAGCCCGUGUUCUGUUCAAUGUGGUCUGGGCCAGCAGAUGAGGACAGUUCAGUGCUUGACAUAUAUUGGUCAGCCAUCCAUGGAAUGUCCAGAAUCCCUUAAACCCACAGCCAUGCAGCAGUGUGAGAGCAGAUGUGAAGCUCUUCCGACUGAAAAUCCAGAAGAAUGCAAGGAUGUGAAUAAAGUGGCCUACUGCCCACUGGUGCUAAAGUUUAAGUUCUGUGUUAGACCAUACUUCAGGCAAAUGUGUUGUAAAACUUGCCAAGGACAUUGAUUUUCAUGAAGAGAUUCAUCAGAAGAAAGUGUAUUUCAGAGCAGUGUGGACCAAAUCAUGACACUUUCUAUUCAUUAAAAAGAAGAUUGAAAAAUACAAUUAGCCAGCUAAUGAUGUGAACCAAGAAACUUCACUUGCAUCAUCGUAAGUCUGAUCUAUAACAAUCAUCUCAUAGGUUUGUCAUCCAACAAGCCACUGUCACCAAGAUGUAUUCACAUUGCUAGACUCUAUCAUUCCAGCCUUCAUUGUCAAAUGUUGCCUUCAUACAGCAUGACUGUAGAUUAACACACAGGCAACAAGCUAUGCUAGUGCCCACUUCCUUUGUGACUCCUUGGGCUUUUCCAUCAUCUGAACAAGAGCUGACUGCUCAAAGAAAUCUUGCCCCAGUAUACGGUUGACAGCAUACCUAUAUAAUGAAAGUGCUGCUUAGCUAUUAACUUGUUCACAAAGAAAAUCUUUAUCAAAUUUUGUAUUUGUUUCAAUAAUGGACUUUGUGAAGGGUAUAAAUUACCUCCAUUUGUUAUCCAUAGUUGUGUUAUUUACUGCAAAGAUUUGCCAACAGCUACAGCUUUAUAAACCUACCCCC